UCCUCACACAUUACUUACGCAAUCCUUUGAUUGGUCCAAAGCCCCACGACCCUCCGACCACAUCAUCUCCGCCACAACUAUUUCCACCAUCGCCUCUUAUGUAUGGGCUAUGAACAACUUCUUACCGCCCCAGAAAUCACAGCAAUUCACAACAAGAAACGAAGAAGCAGCGGCAGCAGCAGCCCAGGACGAAGAAGAAGAAGAUCGGAGGAAGGAGAAUCAAGAAAACAUUGAAAGUAGAGGAGGUCAAGAUCGAACGCUCGACGUCGCCCCCCGGCCUGAGCCACCCCGAGAAGAAGAAGGAAGAGCGAGAUGUGAGUGGGACUUCCAUCUCCACACCGUCAUUUCCUCCUCCGACGCCGCCUCCUCCUCCGCCUCCGACACCCUCGGCGUCAUCGAAUUCGACCCCCCUGGCGCACUCAUUGCCACCGGCGGGAUCGCGAGGAAGAUCAGGAUUUACGGCUUGAGCUCUUUGGUGCCCCAAGAAAUUGACCCGCCAACAAUUGCAUUUUUGGAGCAUUCUAGCGCCUGCAGCUACUACAUAUGCACUCCGGCUAAGCUGAGCAGCCUCAGGUGGCGGCCUGGCUCAGGCAGCCGGGUCAUCGGAUCCGGCGAUUAUGAUGGGGUUGUCACGGAGUACGACCUUGAGCGGCAGGUGCCGGUGUUCGAGCGUGACGAGCACGGCGGCCGACGGAUCUGGAGUGUGGACUACUCGAGCUGGGGUAUGGCCGUCGGGGCGUCUGGGUCCGAUGAUGGGACAAUGCAGCUCUGGGACCCACGCUGCGGCGACGGCGGGAGGUGCCUUUCCAUGGUGCGGCCCGGGGAAGCGGGUCGGAGCACCGCCGUAUGCAGCGUUGAGUUCAGCCCGUUCGACAGCGCCACUGUGGCCGUAGGGUGCGCAGACUGGAGAGCCUACACCUAUGACCUGCGCAACAUGUCGGGCCCAGUCCGGGUCUUCGAUGGGCAUGCGAAGACGGUGACCUACACCAAGUUCCUCAGCGCCCAUGCGAUGGUGUCCGCGAGCAUCGACGGCUGCCUGAAGCAAUGGAGCGUGGCAGACGCAUGCGCGGUCCGCACGUAUCGGGGGCACGUGAACACACGGAGCUUUGUCGGUCUGUCUGUGUGCCGAGACGGCGGGUUGAUUGCCUGUGGCUCGGAGAGCGACCAGGUAUUCGUGUAUGACGCAAGGUGGGGCGAGCCCAUCUGGGCCCACCGGUUCGAGGGCGGGUUCGUGAGCAGCGUGUGCUGGAGGCAGGCCGGCUCGGACAGGUGCACGCUUGUCGCCGGCGGGUCGGACGGUGCUUUGCAGCUCUUUGUGGGCAUGAAGAAGUCAUCGUCAUGAGAAUGAUCGUCUGAAUGUGUAAUCCCUAGUCCCUACCAUUUGAAAGGCUGGGAAAUGAAAAAAUUUGAGACUAGAAUCUUAUCCUGUUGGACACACAAAGAAAAAGAUGCUGUCAGGUUCCAUUUUCUUUUGGCUUUCUUCUUCUUCUGAACUACAUUAUUGUCAAAUUCAUUGGUGCUUCCUUGGAAAGGAUGGAUAAGAUUCUCAUCAGAGCUCUUUUG